AUGCUAGCACUAAAGACGUUUACCGCAAGUCCUACCAAGUUGAUGUUCACAUCGCUUGGCGCGCCACACGUGUGGAAGUAUUUCAACUCAGCGACAAUGAAUCGAACAUUUUCCCUGACAGGCGCUGUCCAGGUGGGGUGCUCUGACUGCGAGCGCGCAUUGAAUCCAUUCAGUUUCGGUAGCGAGGGUGCUUGGUCACGAGUUCAUGACGCGUAUUCAGAUGUAGGAAGCGCUGCUAACUGUCAAAACUCAAUUGUAGGCGCUUUGCCGAGUCCGGACGUCGCCGGCAUCCUGGGUCGCCGCCUCGGACAACAGCAGCAUCAGCACCCCGUACUUGCGAGUCUCGACUGCGGCCUUUUCGCGAUUUCAUUGGUGAUACAUGACGGUUUCUACAUCGAGCAUCCACGCUUCAUAGACCUAUAUAAACCCCGGAUACAACGGCCUUCGUUUCUCCAUCCUCUGGGACCUCCGCACUCUUCGAUCUUCGAGAACUCGCACUUCCACCCUCGACAUCUCUUCCUCGUCGCCGUUCAUCCACCCGAAGUCAACAUGUUCUCUUUCAUGAAGAUCGCUACCUUCGCCGCACUCGCGUUCGGCACUUUCGCGUCGGCCAUACCUGCGCCCGCUCCUGCUCCUGCUCCUGAAGCGGGCGCGCUUGAGGCUCGCACCGGCACGACCGUCACCGAAAUUCUUGCCCAGCUCGCGAUCGACGUGGGAGAUUCUUGCAGCAAACUGAGCAGCCUACCUUCCAGCGCGACGGCCGGCGAUGUGCAGCCAAUUGUCGCCGAAAUCUCGGCGAAGAUAGGCACGGCGACCGCCGCCUGUGCCAGCUCUGACGGUCUCGGCUCUGGGAACAUUCUGUCCUUACUUUCUGCCGUUGUUACCCUUGUCAUCACCGCAUGCGGCUCGUGCUAUAGUGUAGUCAGCCUCAAGGCUGAGGUUCUCCUGGCUCUCCAGGUUCUUGACGGCCCUUGCGCCAACCUCAUUUCAACUGUCCUCGGCCUGCUCGGCGUUCUGAAAGUCGUCAUCAGCCUCCUCGCUGGACUUCUCGGUAGUAGCUGCCUCUCUAUCCUCGCUACGCUCGACUUCAAACUGUGCAUCGGCCUCGGCCUGAGCCUGUGA